AUGUUCACAACCAGCAGCUACCGGCUACCUAGUUCCCUCUUCGCCUUCCUCGCACUGGUCUUCUCACUCCAAUACCUAGUGGGCACCUGCAUGGUCAACGGAUUCCGAAACAUCGGUGAUGAUGAAGGAAGUAUCAAAUACACGCGCGGUUAUCGCUGCGGUGUCAAGUUCCUCUCUGCCGCCUCUCUCCUGGACAUGGUCCAAAUGGGUUUGCUCGCCAUCUACUUCCUCUCUCAACUGCGUUAUUAUGACGACAUGUGGCAGGUCGAAGCCAUCCAGCCAAACCCCAUCACCAUAUAUUGUCUGUUCAUAAGACUGCUCCAUGUGGCCUCCCUUGUGCUAUACGCAGCUGCCUUCUUCUAUAUGGAGGCCUACCAUUCCAUCGGAACUGCAGAACUAUGGGGAUGGGGCAUAGCCUCCAUGUUUGGCACCACCGCCUUCCUCGAACUGCUCUCGCUCGUCACUGACUCCCGAGUCACUGACCUCAUGUUCACUAUCCUCAAUGCCUUUGUCCUAAUGUCCAGUGCAGUCUGGGCGCAAACCUUCGAGGCCUUAAUUGUCAGCAAAGAGGUGGACAUGGACCAAUCUGCCCUCAGAAACGAGUGGUUCAAGAGCAGGAACGCGAUGGCCUACUACGGUCCGCCCAUCGAGGAGGGAAUCGAGAUGGUCCGAGAAUAA